AUGGCUGAACGUUGGGUUCGGGUGGACCCUCCGGUUUUAGAGUUUAAAGAUGUGGAAGUGGGCCAAGUUUACCGGAGAGCGGUGAAAGUCACAAACAUCGGAAAAGCCUCGAAGAAGAUCGUCAUCGAGAAGCCCGCGAAAAAGCUCUUCAACUUCAUCCCGUCCAGCCAAGCUAAGUUCGUGCCCUCUGGUUUGUCUGUAAGCGGCCUGCUGGAGUUCACUCCAGACGCUGAGGAGGAGGUCAGAGAGCACAUCCAGGUUCACAUCGACGAUGAGACGCUGCAAAUCCCAGUGCUUGGAUCUCCCAGAGUUUGCUCCCUUAUAACGGACUCCUUGCUCGACUUUGGUUGCGUUGUCGCCAGCAGUCAAGCGAUCAGCAAACUCCACCCUAUAACCAAUGAAGGAUCGGCACCGGGUGCGUUCCAAUUUGAGUACAGCGGUGGAGACUCCUCACUCAGCGUUUCUCCUUCCUAUGGAGUCGUAGCUGCUGGAUCCACCCAGUGGCUAAAAGUGGAACUGCACACAGACCGGCCCAGGCAGAUCCACGACGAAGCGCUGGUGAGGCUCCAGAAUCGCUCAGCUGUAGUUCUCAGGAUCAGGGCACUGGUGUUGGCGCAGCACCUUGAGGUCGUUGACCUGAAGGGGUCUCCACUUACCUGUCUGUUGUUUGGACCAACCUAUUUUGGAACUUCCCGUGAGAAGAAAGUGGUUGUGAGGAACAACGCACCCCAGGCGUGUGACUGGGUCUGCGUGUUGCAGGAGAAUGCUCCUGGGACCGAGAUGGGAACAGACCUCAGGAGGAGCACAGAUGCUUCCCUGGUGGAGGGAACAAAGAAGUGCAGCUCAGCCGACCUCCAGUCUCCAGUUUUGGUCUGCGUGCCUUCACACGGUCGAAUGGGUCCGUACGACAAAACCACCAUGACGGUUCGCUUCAGUCCCGUCUGUAAGAGGAGGACGCAGAAAAACUCAAGCAGCCGGCAGGACUAUUGCCUUUUCCUUCUGUUUGACAUCGUGGACAGCAAACAUGGGUUUACUCACCAGAAUGCUAACAGCAGUGUGGAGGUGGCAGUGACGGGCUCCGGUGUCCCCGUCUCCCUGGUACCCGCUCCCUCUCACAGAUUCGACUUCCUGAGCUGUGCGGUUGGACAAAGCUUGGAUCUCCUUUGCGUACUCCAGAAUCUCUGCCCUCAGCUUCCCGUGAGCUUCCGCUUUGGCAAAGUUGCGCACUUCGCAGCUAAACCUUCCACGGGCACCAUCAGCCCCGGGCAGCGCCAGGAUGUAGUUUUGACCUUCAGCGCACGCCAACAAGGGAGUUUCCACGUCCAUCUGCAGGUAGACGUCCUGGGUCCGGUCGCAUCUCAGAAAAAUGCUACACAGCUUGAGGUGUCCUGCUUCCACACAAUCACUCUGCACUUAUCUGCCAGCUGCCACAACGUGACAUCACCCCCCCUGCCUGGUCUAAAGAGUGCAGCUGGUUUACAGCCUCACCAUCAGUGCAGUGGACGGUCUCAAUGCAGGGGACCGACACCUACUGCCCCGCUCGGUUCUGACGAAACCCAGCUCCGCAAGAAUCACAGAGGCAAACAAGGGAGUCCAAAGGGCAAGGAGUCUCUCGCCUGUCCUGAUGACCGAUGCAGCAUCAGACCGGCAUUCUCGGACCAGCAGUACAGGACGAUCUUUACCGACGUAGCUCGCGAUCGAUACGCGGACGAGGUGUACGCUUUCACCGAGGAAGAGGAAGAGCAGAGACGACGGCAUCGCCAGAUCUACGUGGACUUCGUCAACCAGCUCAGACGAACACGGCUCCAGAGGAGGGACAGACAACAAGAGGAGGCGGAAGACGAUGUGGACAUUGGAAUUGUUCCGUCUCAAGGUCUUGUUCCACCCACGGUCCACAUCAGCGACCUGGAGAUCAGUGAGAACUCCCCGUCUACCAGCCAUAGAAGCAAGAAUCAAGUGAGAGCAAAGGUGUUUUGUGUUACUGAAUAUGAUCUUUCUCAGGUUGUCGACGUAGUGAAAGCAGUUCCCUCCACCAGCCAGGAGGUGGCAGACUGUCACAGGACUCUGACCGCUUUGGAGCUCUACCAAGUCAUCAUAAGUCCCUCGUUCGUGGACUUUGGCAGCGUGUGCGUGGAGUCGGUGUGCGUUCAAACGCUGCAGCUCAUUAACCGUCUGCCGGCGUGCGUCUGGGUGCAGCUGGAGGUGGACUGCCCCGAGCUGCAGAGUUCCUCACCGCUCUCAUAUGUUCUGCCUCCUCGCACUCACACCAGCUUCCCCCUGACGUUUGAGAGCACCCGGCUGGGUCCCUUCAGCAGCUCCUUGUCCUACAGUGUGAACCAGCAGCAUCCUGGUCAGGUACUGGUCCGGGCACAGGUCACUCCCAUGGCUCUGGAGAUGUCCACAGAGCUGCUGGUGUUCCGGCCCACUCCCAACAUGCUGGCUGCGUCAGGAUACCGGAGCUCAGUGAGCCUUCGAAACCACUGCAACUGUGCAGUGGACUUCACCUGGCAACCAGCUGCCACCGAGAGGGAGUUCCCCUUCUCUGUUCGACCAGCCUCAGGGACAGUGGAGCCGUUCAAGGAGCUGGACUGUGAGGUGGUGUGGUUUCCCUCCUUCUCCUCCCCUUCAGAGGGAGACUUUGACCUCUGUGUCCUCGAAGGCAACACUCAGCGCUUGCACUGCGUUGCUAAGGUUGGAACCACUACCAUCCAGCUAACGGAGAAACGAAUCACGUUUGAAUCUGUGCCUCUCAACAUAACUUCCACCAGGACAGCUGUUUUACGUAACAGUGGACAGAAUCAUGCCUAUUAUCAGGUUCUAGAAGUGUCCCCUGUGCCAGGCAUGGUGCUGAGUCCAUGUGAAGGCGUGGUACCAUGCAAGGGGAUGGCACCCAUUAACAUCCACUUCAGCCCAGACCGUGUCCUCCGAUUUGAUGCCAAGAUCAAGAUUGCUCUGAGGAACAUGAAAUCCAUCGAGCUCAGAGUGGCUGGAUCUGUGGAGCCUCCUAAUGUAGACAUCAGUGUGUCUCUUUUUCAGUUCAAUGGAGUCCAUACCGGUUCUCAUCAAAGUAUUCCAUUCACUCUAACAAAUCGCUCGUCGGCUGCGGCCCGAGUCACUUUCGAUCUGUCAGAGUACGAAGACUUCUCCUUGCAGUUUUCUCAGCCCUGCACAACGAAAAGAGAACCAGGUCUGAGUGUUGUAGAGCUCCACGGUGGUCAGACAGAAGAAUGCUUCCUUGUCUUUUCCCCGACACAGGUGGCCAGCCAUAACUUUUACCUGCCUCUGAUGAUCAAUGGAGCGAAAUGGCCCGCUGAUUCUUUAUCGUCUUGCCCCUUCCUAUCGUCCUCAUCCACGUCUCCAUCACUGAAAGCUAACAGCAGGAAACACAUCAAAGCUUAUCCUCACUCUGUCGCUGAGGCAACACAGCAGCCACCGUGGAUCCUAGCCACAGCCCUGUAUGCCCCUCUAGAAAUGUCCCCCUCAAGCUUACAGUUUAAUGUGGAGCCUCAGUUUGACACUUUCUCCAAGAAUGUGGAGCUGAAAGCAGUGGGUGAAGAGAGUGUUUGCUGGCGCGCUAUCACACGAGAGUGUGUGCACUGGUGGUUUGACUGCAGUGGGAUGUUAGCGCUGGCUCAGGGCACUGAAGACCAGAAGUUGUGUGCACUGUCUCCGUCAUCUGGCAGUCUCAGGCCAGGUCAGACUGUGUGUUUGGAGAUUACCAUCAUCCCUGAUGUGGUCAGAAUGGGAGAAAAAGUGACCCAAAUCUCCAUCCCACUGUUUUUGGGAGUAAAAGGAGAGGAAAUAACCGAAGGACACCAUCCGUAUAGACAGCUGUCAAUCACCAUUACCGUUGAGUUUCCGAGUAUCACCUUCCGCCCCCAUCAAAUCCUUCUUACCCCAGUACCGCUGGCAAAAAGCAUAGAAACCACUCUCACUCUACUGGCUGAGGGGUAUCAAAGUGGGACAACGAUAUCAGCUGAAGUCGAUGAGGUGGAAAUGGAGGAUGGGACGAAGAUCCAGCCUGUCGCCAUCGUCUUUCCUGAAGGAAACACGAUUCAGGCCCAGAACCACAACCAGGGAAGCAGAGUUACCUCUCUGCUCUGCAGCGUGUCCUUCUGCUCCGCCGUCUCGUUGUCGCUGUGCACAUCCAUAACCUUCACCGAUCACAUGCACAACAGAUUCCCGAUCAAGUUGUGCGCUGCUGCUGAUAACUGUUUGUUGACGGUCUGGCCCUACAUGGCACUGCGCCCAGCUGAUCAACAAAUAGUUGUAAAGAAAGGGUCCACAGUGGAGGUGGCUCUUCAGUACUGUCCCACGCCACAUCCGACUGCAUCUGACCCGACUGCUUCAUCGUCAUCAGCAGCAUUUGAUCACAACAGCUCAACAUACAUGAACUCAGAUUCCUGCUCAUACAGUGUGAGUGAACACUCCAGCGAGGAUACGUAUAUCUCGCCUAACAGAGACACCCCAGCCAGUCUUGACAUCCCAGAAUUCCCUUCUGCCAGCACAGAGGUGGGACAAUAUUACCAGAGUGUGUUGUUAGCUGUGGAGAGGUGGUUUAGCUUCUUUGGAUGGCCAAGUGGCCCACACCCCAUUUCUAUACCACACACACUCAGAAGAGUUGUGUCAAAAAGUCAAACAAACUACAGCAAAGGUCCAACGUAUAUUGUCGCUUUGAACAAAGAUACAAGGCCUGUGGUGGAAAUGCUUCAUUAUUUGACGGGCAUCCAGAUACCUGGUAUCGGUCUCUGUCAGAUGUUUUCCAGUGAUGUAGACCAGCGCACCAACCAGCUGCUGCACCAGCACAAAGCUAUGCUCACUUUUCUCAGGAUUCAGGGAGCCUGUCUGUGUCACAUCAGACCAGAGUACUUACUAGAUGUCCUGGAGUUCAAACACUGGUGCUCCAUACAGUCGAGCGAUACAGAGAGUGGUCUCGACUUUAACAGCUUUGACUACGAGUCUCUGAGCAAACGGUCCUGGACUGACGUGCUUUUACAGCUAUACAAGGUUGUUGUAUUAUGUCGGGUGUCAGGGGGAGCUCUGAACACACCUUCGAGCAGCGCAGACACAGUUGGAAUCUCGCUUGAUGGGUCACAGUGCCUGGUUAGUAAUGUCUACUCGCCCUCUGAGCUCCGGUUACUGUCAUGGCUCAACAUGCACUACGAGAAGAUGAGGAAAACUGUAUGGGGCACAGAUGGAGUCCCAUCAGCACGCUGGAUAGUGAACUUUGACCUGGACUUCACAGAUGGACUGGUGCUCGCUGUUCUGCUUGCUGCCUACUGCCCGUAUCUGAUAAAAAGCCACUUCCAGAGGAUUUACACCACAGUUAGCAGUCGGGAACACAUCAUUCACAACAAUAUCAUCGUGGCUCAGGCUUUGACUACACUCGGAGUCAACAUGGACAUACAGCUUCCAGAUCUGUCUGAUUCCAACCCGGUGCAGAUGUUAGUUCUGUGUGUUCACCUGUAUGAGAUGCUGCCUCACUACCUGCCCUCACAAACCAUUACUCUGUCAGGAGGCCUCCACAGUACUGUCAGCAAGCAGGUGCAUCUGAAAAACCCAUCGUCAAAGCCUGUCAAAUAUCAGGCUUCCAUUUUAGGGGAGGAUGCUCAUUUCUUCUCCUUUCCUAACGGAUCUAUUGUCAACAUUCCACCAAAGUCUAACACUGUACUGACUGUACGCGUCAGCUGCUUCUUUCUGCAGACUAUGAAAGCAGUUCUCCUGCUCAGCUCCACUUCGGGCCUUCACUGUGCCACGCUCACUUUCAAUUUAAAGACACACAUCAGCCACAUCACACAGACAAACAUUGUGCAGCACGGUUCUCCAUGUUACCAACUGGGAGUGAUUAAAGUGCCAGUAAUGAACAAAUUCUCCAAAGAUGCUAAUUUCAGUGUGGUGCUGGUGGAGUCUAACUUCAACCCCCUGGAGCCUGAAACGACAGGAAAGACUUUGACUCAACAAGAACCGUCUAAUGACAACAUGAAGGGGACCUCAAAUAUUGUUGAUGGCUGGGAGAUAGAAGAUGGUGAGGGCUAUGAAUUCCUGAGUACAACAAGGAGUGUUAGUCUACAGUCAGGCCAAGAAGACACCCUAAGACUCCUCUACCUGCCCUUCUUCCCAGGGACCAAAUACUGCACGGUGCUGCUGACCUGCCCUCAGGUAGGAGAUAUGGUGUGCGUGGUGAGGGCUACAGCAGAAUUACCACUUCCUUCUCCGCUCUUUACAAAGCCAAGUUGUGACUCAAAUUUUAUUGCCAAGAAUUCUGACGCAGGUGUGUCUGUGCUGAGGCUUCACUGUAAGGUCGGAGCAAUGCUUCAGGGGGUGCUUCAGGUGCCCCGGGUCAAUAUGCCAUGGGAGAAGGCUCUGGUUGUCUGGGCUCAGCACUGCAUGAGCGCAGGCGAACGCAAGAGGCGGCUUCUGACCCACACUUUGGACAGCAGCACUGUGAGGGAGUCCAUAGCCACACAGAAGUUUACCAGACAGCAGCUCUUGAGAAAUGAUGACCAAAGUAAUGGGAUCGAAUAUGAAGUGGAGGUUUCGUUGCCACAGUACUUCACACUACCCAGAACUGUUACAGUUCCCGUGAAAAAGGACUCAAACUUGCUACAGGAGAAUCCUGCAGAUGGUGGCUGUGUGAAUAUCCCACUGAGGUUCCAGGUGCACUCUGUGGGGCAGUUUACAUCUAAAGUGGUCCUGAGAUCCUUUUGUGACACCAGAGUGUUCAUGCUGGAAGCUCUGGUCACUUUGCAGGACAAGCUGUCUUCACACAAUGACCGUGACGGCACAGCGCACGUGUUGACCCCAGGAGGAAAAGGAGAGCAGCCCCUGCUGGUGGAACAUGUGGCAUUAUGUUGCCCUGUUGGGACAACCACUCAUACUCAGCUGGAUGUUCCAAACAACAGCNUUGCUACACGUACUGUAUAGGCGGAGACAAAUCUAUCUGUUGUGAGUGGUGCCCCAACCCUGAAAAUUAAACCUGGACAAAGCUGUCUGUACACUUUGGCUGUGACGCCAUGGAAACGAGGAAAACAGACAGGCUCUGUGUCAUUUGUAGAAACUGAUGAUAUGCACAAGGCGAAUAAGGACAAAGGAAAUGGAUUUAGACACUAUGCCACUUUCUACCUUGAGUUAAUUUGUGAGCCAGCAGCUCCUGUCAAGGUCAUCACUGCACAGUGUGUUACCAAGAGCUCUGUUACCAUGGAAAUACCUGUCAGUAACCCCGGCGAAGAGCUUCUGAUGCUAGAUGUGUUCCUGGAAGGAGACGACCUAACGGGGGCUGACUUGGUUUCAGUUCCCCCACGGGGGACUGUCAACUACAAUAUUACGUUCUCUCCCGUUAGUCUGGGGAAGAUCACAGGCAGUGCGGUGUUCCAGUCCCAACAAGUGGGGGAGUUCUGGUAUCAACUGGAGCUUUAUGCCCUCCCAACUCCGGUCAUCAAGUUACCGCAGGCUCGUUGUCAGCUGGGCAAAUGGAUCCAACUAAACAUCCCCCUUGUUAAUCCCACAUCUGAGGUUCUGGAGCUAAUCGUAACUAACACAAACCCCCGAAACUACACACUGGAGAUGGAUUCAGCAGACACUCUCACGGUGGAGCCACGGUCUUGCACCCACCUCGGUGUUCGCUUCAGUCCUUCUGCUGUUGGACCAGAGAACCACGAGGGAAAGAUCACUUUUAUCUGCUCUCGGAUGCAGGAAUGGUGUGUUUUGUUGAGUGGGUGUGGCCUAAAGCCCGUGUUUGAGAAGCCUUUAUGUGUGUCCUCUGUAAUGGGUUCCAGUUCCACCAUUGUUGUUUCAUUCACAAACCCCAUCAAACUCCCAGCAACACUCACUGUCACCGUAACAGAUGAAGACCCUAAUAAAAUCUCUAUCUACCAUACGGUCACUGAUAGGAAGACCUUCUCUUGCCCUCUGAGCCACGCUGAAGCAGUACAUGUAAGUGAAAUGGCCACGGUUGACGUGCCCGUAGUGUUCGCACCAACUUCUGUGGGUUUACAGGAGGUGUGGCUCUACAUCACCAUGAAACCCAUCAGCCCCAAGAGCAACACCAGUAAAUCCAGCACAGACCGCACCAGAUCAGAGGAAGAGUGUUGGAGCAGCUGUUGGAUUUAUCCCCUUUAUGCGAUUUCCACGGAGGUUCCUGCUGAGAACUGUCCGCUCGGCGUGGUUCAGUGUGAAGUGGGUCGCCAGCUGGUGAAGACAGUGGAAGUCCAGCUCAGCGGUUACGUUCCCCAGAGCCAAGACCAGAAAGGCCACAAGGUUUCGAUAGAAGACUUUUGGUGCCAGACGCGUUCAGACAGCGAAGCAGAGCUCUCUGAGCUGAGACGCUGUCUGUCCAUAACUACUGAAGCGGUGAAGAGAAACCCUAAGAAUGGCGUCAUUAUCCUCACCCUUCGUCUGGUCUACACGCCCCUCAGGACCUGCAGGUGCUUGAGUGUCCUUGGGGUUCAGUCAGUAUCUGGCAGGAAAUGGGAGUUUCCCAUCAUUCUCAUGGCAACAAAGCGUCAGGUCUAUGAGGAAUCGGCUGUGGGUGUUCAUCCGACCAGCACCGCCAGGUGGGUUUAUGUGUGA